AGUUUACAUUCGAACGCGACGAGGGUCGGUAAACGAGGUUUUCCAAUUUUCCCGGAAAGCACGUGCGUUGGUUACGAGUUAAAAAGUUCUCACCAACAUUUUCAUUGAACAAUUUCAUCAUUAUAUUUUAAUGUUUUCAUCAUUCUUGAAAAUAUCAAUAUUAUUGAGAUCUCGAUGUGACAGAUUAUGUGAAGAAACGGAAAUAAACAAUUGUAUAUAGUAUAUAACAUGUCGGCUGAUGAGGAUUUAUUUUUGAACGGCACCGGGAAAACGAAAAGCAUUUAUCAACAAUCCUCUACGGGUGAAAAACACGUCCUUUUUUAUCCUACUAGUUCUCUGCCAUCGGUGGGCAUUGACAAUCAGACAGGCGAUAGAAAUACAACUUCCAGAAAGCUACAAAAACAAAUUCCUGGUCACCAAAAUCAUAGAAACUCUUAUAACAGUAUUGUAGGGAUGAAGAAAAGUGAGGGACCGAGCCCAGCCGUCGGAGAUACUCAAGAGUCUCACGGGGACCAAAGUCGACUAGAUCCUGAUAUUUCAGACUCUAAAUAUAACUUUAGAAUUGGAAUAUAUGGUUGGAGGAAAAAAUGUUUGUAUUUUCUCAUCCUAGUAUUGCUUAUCAUGGUUGUUGUGAAUCUUGCCCUCACGCUAUGGGUUCUUAAAGUCAUGGAAUUUUCAUCGGAGGGUAUGGGUCAGCUUAAAAUUGUAUCCGGUGGAUUGAAGCUGGAAGGAAAAACCUUCGUACUGGAUAGUUUAAUAGCGAGUAGUAUAAAAUCAAGAAGUUAUCAACCAAUAGUGAUAGAAUCGACUAAAAAUUUAACGCUUAGAGCUAGACAUACAAAUGGUUAUGUAGAUAGUUCCAUUGUAUUAGGUAAUGAAAAAUUAGAGUGCCUAACAAACAACUUCAAAAUAACAGACGAUAGAGGGUCGCUUUUGUUUUCAGCCGAUCGACGGGAGGUUAUAGUAGGAUCCGAAACACUUCGAGUUAUUGGGGAAGGAGGUACAAGUUUCAGUGGUUCGAUACAGACGACACUUGUUAGAGCGGAAGCUGGACAUGAACUCAGACUGGAAUCUCCCACUCGAUCUUUGGAUAUAAAAGCCGCAAAAGAAAUCAACAUCGAGUCCCGAGGAGGAAAAAUCCGAACGUUAUCUUUCAAUGAUAUUUCCCUCCAUUCUGAAGUCGGAGCUAUAAAAUUAGAAACCAGAUCACUACUAAUGCCUCUAAUACCCACAGCGAAAGUAACGUCCAGAGCAGCUUCGAGUGGUUCCUACGAUAUUUAUCAGUUGUGUGUAUGUGAAAGUGGCAAAUUGUUCCUCGCAUCACCCCAUUUAGUGUGUGCUUCCGAAAAUGACGAUAGAUUAUGUCGAUGAAGUCGAUUAUUAUUAGAUUGAUUGUUUUUCGUGUUUAUUUUGUUAACAUAUUUGAAAAUAUUCAAACAACCAAAAAUGAAUAUGAGUAAUUCUAAAUAAUCUAAAUUAAUAGAUGGGCGUAGUGUUGCCUAUGAGACGAGACGUCUUGUCUCGCAACAAAGUGGAAAGUCUCGUCUCAAAUCUCCAGUCUCGCAACAAGUGAAAAUAGAGGGUCGAUAAUAAUUUGAAAAAAAAAAUAAUAGUUGGAUGAAACCCAUUGGAAAAGGAGAAGAAUAUGGUGAUAAUAGUUUACGGUCGAUCUGUGGUUGAGAAUGUGGGGAGGUGGUCUGUAAGAGUAAACAACGGUUUAUUUUGAUUUUCGGUGAAAGUACAAGUCUUACGGAAAAAGUAGAAUAGCAAAGUUGUAGAUGAUAAAAAAAUCAACAAUUUAUGUAAAAAACAUUUUGUCCUCGCGAAAUUUUGUGAAAAGUUACUGUUUUAUGUACAAUAUCAUUCAAAUUAUUCGUUUGAAAUGUUUAUUUUUCAGGAUGUUUUGACACAAUAUCGAAAAAGCCCCUCAAUUUUCAAACGAAAAUUCUCUCAUCAAAAUAUGAACUUUUUUGAAAAAUUGGUGAGAUUUUUGUUCAUUGAAAUCUCAGAAGAAAUUUUGCCAUCAUGAAAUGAUAAAUUUUCCCAAAAAAGACAACGAAAGCUUGCAUCCCAAAGAUUUAUAUUUGAUCAUUAUAUACAAUUUUUAGUUACUUACUGAAAUUUUUCGCUCUAAUUACAAAAAAAAAACCGUAAAAUUCCAAUGAACAUUGACAAACAUAUAUAAUUUAUACAUAUAUAAUUUAAAUUUUUUAUAAAUAGUUUUUUUUGCUUAGAAGAAAGUUUACCAUAGUCAUGGUAAUAUUUUUUCACACCAUCAGAAAGUAGAGAUUUCAACGAACAAAAGUCUCAAUUAGUUUUUGAAAAAUCUAAUAGUUUAACGGAGCGAAUUUCUAUUGAAAAUUAGUGUGUUUUUUCGAUAUUAUAUCAAAAUAAAAUCAAAAAAUAAAUAUUUUAUAUCAUAUAAAUUACAGUAUAUAUUGGAAAAACAUGUUUAUUGUAAAAGAUGGAUAUAAAAAAACAAAAACUUGGUUUUCAAAAUUUCCAGGCUAUAUGAAAUAACUAAAGUUACAAAAUUUGUAGAUUCAUUUAUUCAUCUACAGCUUUGCUAUUAUUCUUUUCUCCAGAGGAUUUGUAUUUUUGCCGGAAAUCGAGGUAAAUAGUGUUUUACCCUUAAAAACUAACGCCCCUUUCGUUAGCGACCACAGAUCGUCCAUCAGGCAGGCUAACUGAGAAUUGUGACAAUGUGAUUUGUCCAUAAUUCCUUGGAUCAUAGAGCAUCGAAAUCGAUCUCAGAAUUUGGAUUUGAGAACUGAACUGAACUUUUCAGUAGCUCUGUUGUUUGUGAUUUUCACCUUCAAAGUUUGAGUGAUAAAUUUCUAAUUUUUCUUCAUUUCUUCACUAUAAGAUAACGUAAACAGUUUCCGAUUUAUCUCGAGGAUUCAAAAUUAAGACUACGGUAUAAAUCCAAUUUGUAUUUUUGUGGUGAUUAAGAAUUUUUCUCGGGCUGUCUGAAAAUUUAUAAUAAGCUGUUCAUUAACUUAUUUUAUGUCAGUGUUAAGGUCUCAUUCAAUAGCUCAACUUUCUACUUUGUCAAUCAACACAUUUAUUGAUUGGAAAUGUAGCAUAUUUUACCUUAAUAGUUGAUUUGAUAAUAAUUCUAAGUUUAUCAAUAUUUCAUGGACUUCUUCAAGUAUUUUUUAAUUCUGCCAAUUUUUGUGUAUUUGGACGAAAGAAAUUAAGGCUAUUUUUACAUUUCAAUGCAACUACUAGAUGUUUCAAUGCAACUACUAGAUGUCUAGAAUUCUAACGUGUAGAUACAUCUAGCUUAAGGAUAAGAUUCCUUGCAACCCCAAUUGUUUAACAGAAUUUUUAUUGUACACACUAUUAUGCGGAUUCAGAAAAGACGUUUAAUAAUAAUCACGAUAAUUAGGAUUAUUAAUAUUUGCCAAUUUUAAUUAUAAUACUUCGAGGUUUUUGCGAGACUUUUGUGCGAGAUUUGAGACAAAUCUCUUCUUGUUUCAUAUGAAAAUACAAAUUAUCUUCUCGAAAGCGAAAGAGAACUCUAGUAAACGAGCUUAUGAUGGGCAACAGUAGACUGACAGAUCUACAAAAACAUCUUUGUUUCUCUUAUAAAAGAAUGGCCUGUGAAAAAUACUGUACACAAGGACCCGAAGAAAAUAUUUAAAGAAAAAAAAUUCAUUCUGAUCCUAUUAUCUUACAUUAUUCUUUUUAUAUUCUCAAACUGCCUUUAAGUUGAGCAGUUGAGGGAAUAUCCUGGAAAGCAUAAUUGUGAAACAAAUAUUACUAAUUCAUGAAGCAACAAGGUUAAGUUAUAGUUUUGAUUGCUUAUAUUGAGAUUUUUCAACAAACAACAGUUCAGAGUCCUUGAGCAUAAAACCCCGAAGUCGUUACUAAUAGUAAAAAUGAAUUGUUGAAAAACAUUUAUUCUUAAUUUCACAGAAACUAACCAUCAGAGAUUAAUAUUGGUAAUGUAAAUAAUAAGUCAAAGGAUCAUAAUUGCAUUUUUUAUUCUUAAAAAUAAACAUACUGUAUACAGCUUCAUCACUUACUGAAAAUGUCGGUAUUCACAACGAAUUUCCUUUGAAUUCAAUGCAAUCCAACAAAAAAAUUCUAUUUUUCAAAGCAAUCUAAUUUUACUCAAAAUUUUCGUUUCGUGUAUCAAAUACAUAAAACAGAAUGUAUCCAUUUAUUUUUGUCGUGUCGAUAAGUAAUUAAAUUUCCAGAGAAAUGUCUUACUUGAAAACAUUUUUCUUUCUAAUAUAUUUCUCAUAAAAUAUUAGAAGUGUACGCCGAAAUAUUCCAAGCUGCACUAAGAAAUUAAAUUCUGGGAAUGACUAUUGGGAAAUAGUAAUUUUAAAACCUCUGGAACAUCUUUUCUAAACGAGAUAUUUAUAUGAAAACUAAUAGUUAACUCAUGUGAAUAAUCUUUCGACCCAUACUGUCAAAAAUUUCAUACAGUCGUGUCCCAUACAUAAUCUAUUACCUAAUAUUGUUUUUUGGAUACAUUUUUAUUCCUCUCUCAUUCAUUUCAAUUACUGUUGAUUCCAAUAUUUGUAUGUUACUUGAUCGUUUUCAUUUCACUUCUGUUGAAAACUGGUUUCAACGCGAAGGUACUUCAUUUUCAAUAGUAAGCAUCAAUUAAAAGUUACCACGAUUUGGUUAGCUUUUGGCAAGUACAAAAGUGUUUCAAGUCUUCGGAUUUUGUUUUGUUUUUUAUAUCAACUACAUUGAAAUGCAUUUCUCAACCUCCAGCAAUAAAUAUCGUACUUUUCCAUGAACUGUUGGUAUUGGUGCUUUCUCCAUAAAUUUCAAAUACUAUCGCAGAAGAUGCUAAAAAUACGAAUAAAACUUCAAUGUGCUGACUCGGGUUUUUUAUUUUUUUAUUGAAAUUAAUAUCUGCUCAUUCACGAAAUGAUCAUAUAAAUUUGGAUAUUUGUAGAAAAAAACUGGUUCUAAUUAUACAAAGAUUAAAAUUACCAUUGAAGAAGAAAACCCUGCAUUAUUUAUAAUCAAUUUAGCGUAUAUUUGAAAAAUUUUCAGUGUACUUGUAUUUUAAGUAUUGUGGAAAUUCUGGAAGCAAAUAUUGUUUUUAUUGAGACAAAAACGUGAUCCGCAUUUGGAAGAUUGUAUAUAUGAAAAAGAAGUACAUUUGGGAAGCUUGUAUCUCUGCCUUUCCUUUCCUAUCUGUACAAUGGCCAAUGUGAUUGUCCAUCCAGCCUUACAUCCUUCGGAGGAACGUGGGAUGUUGUUCCUGACUUUUUCUUGUUUUCCUGUAUUUCUUUUUCCAUAUCUGAUGGUCUACCCGUUUUUACUAUACGAUUAGAAUUGACAUUACGCAUACAAUAUGCAGUAUGAGCCCAAAAAUCUCCAAGUUUCAUAUACUUUUGAACUCUUUGUUGUGCAAGGCAUCUCCGAUGAAGCAGCCAGGAAUUCAAAACUACACUGGGACAAUCAAUGUUCAAAUAUUGCUUUGCUUUCCUGUCAUAUCGAUACAUUUUUCCUUUUGUAACUCUCCAGAAUAAUUUGAUAGUAAACAAAUACUUUUGUUACCUUCAAGAUAUUCAACAGAUGUCCCACGGUCCAUUUUUUUGCAUCCUCAUCCGAAGGUAAUUUACAGUUUGGAAUACGAUUACUUCUAACAGUGAAGACAGGGACGUGUAGUAAUUGUCAAAGUAGAUAACAAAGUUCUCAGCUUGUAGGACAAUUCUGGUCAACCUAAUGAUCACGUUUACACUUGCACCUGGAUCGGGUUCUUCUACACGGCGAUAUUUUUUUUUCUGUGCCAGUAUGAAUUUGGAAUUUAUAUGAAUAUCCACUUGCUCCACAUGAAACAAAAAGUUUGUAGCCCCAUUUUUGGGGCUUAGCAGGCAUAUAUUGUUUCAUAUAAUGUCUGACUCAAGAAGCGCAGGUCUGUUCAUCCACUGGAAGUUUUCUUCAAAUGGAAUGCUUUGAAAUUUUUUAUUCAUGGUGUAAUUGAUGUAGGCGAUCUAAGUCUGCAUUAUUUUGAUCCAAAUUAGCAUGGUCAUUGAAAUGCAUGCAUUUUCGAAUAUGCAUAAACUCGAAUCGUUAUACGCUGAUGAUAUUUUUUAUUCGACAAUUACGCAUUUUAACCAAAGAAAUAUAUAUGCAAAUGCCCAAGUAUUGUUUUAUAUCGAUUCCAGUCAGUUGGAUUCAUAGACAAUUUUUUGAAUUAGUUCAUAAUCAAAAAAAUGUUUGGAAAUAGCGGUAGUGUCUCGGUUGAAGUGGUGUCUUCCUUGAAGGCAUUUACAAUUUUAUCGAUAACUAGAUGUUUCUUCUUCCAUACCAUAUUCUUGUGUGCAGUGUGCAAUAACUGACACUAUACUAAAAAUAUCUUCGGUACAAGAUCCCUUUGUUGGUCAAUAGGCUUGUUACUAGCAAUAAUCUCAUCCUCAAAUUCUAAAGGUAGAUUUUCUAUAUCAAUAUCAUCAAUGACCAAGCCAAUAUCCUUAUGGUGUCGUACAUAAAGUUGUUACAGACAAACCUGCUACAGAGCGCAUCAACGAAUUUAUAUGAGUCACACUCAAAUUACGUUAUAUAAAAGAUUUGCUACAAUGCGUACUAUAGGGAUAAAUAUAUUAUUUGAUCUUCAUUUUCAGUCUAUUAAAAUGAAUAAUGUAUUUUGUGAUCUUUUGGACGUUUCGAACUAAUUUGAGUUUCUAUUCAAGUAUUUUUCUAUUUUCGUAAAUGUUAUAAACGAUUCUCCUGAAAAAUGUUCAUGAUGAUUAUUCUAUCACAACUAAUUCGAACUGAUAAAAUUUUCCGGUAUACUAUUUCACCCCAAAUUUCCUUCAAUAACAUCCCUUCAUUUGUUCUGGAUCAGUAUAGAAUCCUCGGCAUAAAAUUCAACCUUCAACACGAUUGGAAAUGCCAUAUCUAUGAACUUUAGACCUACUACCUAGAGAGACUAAACACAAUUUAAACCAUCAGCCACCGGCGAAAUUAUAUAGAAAAAUCUUCAUCUGUAUGGGUAGUCUACGGUGGUUCAUAUAGGAAAAAAAUUCUCAUAAAGUCUUAACACUUAAUAUGAAUUUUAAGUACUACAAUUUAAAUAUAAAGUUUCGCCAUUAAAAAUUUAAAAAAGGAGUAAAUUUUUUUUCCACAAACUGUGCUUCAACGACUCCUAUUGAUAAUCCAGUGCAAGUUUUAUAAAAAACGAUUUCGAAGAGCAUAAAAUUCCUCACAAGGUCCAUCAAACUGAUUCCCAUUAUUGUUAAAAAGUGAGUAAGGAUUAAAAAUGUAAAACUAUAAGUAUAACUUUAACUAAAACUGCUUAAUUCUGUUCAUAAUAGCACUCCACGCUUUUGUUUUAGUGUCUUCCGCUUUAGUACUACUACAAGCGUCUUUGCUGAAGCUGAUUAGCCAUCUCCACCUUGUUCUUUCACUUACCUCAUCAUUAUUUGAAUCUUUUCCAAUCUGGGCCUUGCAGAAGACUAGAAGCUGUUGCGGAGUAUAAAACUUUUUGAUCUUAAAGUUACUAUUUUAUUUACGUUAAAAGUUAUUUGAGAUAAUUUUUCAUAGAAAAUUUGUUUUUCUACAUAUUAUAUUGAAAAUUGAAAGCUAUCUGGGGUAGUUUUUAAUUAUUUUCCAAGUGAAAUACUACAUUUUUUAUUUUAUAAUACAGGUUUUAUCCAAUUCAGUAUCCAGACUAAAUGUUAAUAAAGAAGAUCAAAGUAUACACGAAAAACUAAUUUAGCCAAUGAACAUUAUAACGUCAUAUAUUUUAUGCGAAAACUUAUUAAAUAGCAUGUAAUAUAAAUUACUUUGUAUUGUAAAUAAA